GAGCACCUCUGAAGCGUCUCGCGGCGAAAUAAGCGAAGAAGAAGAAGAAGAAGAAGAAGCGGAGCGCGUUCAGAAAACUGAGGAAGAGGAGAAGGAGGAGUAAAGGAGGAAGCGUGGAGGGAGGGCGAGCGCCACCUGUGACUGCAGCGGCGCUGAGAGUGGAGGAGGUCGGACUCGGAGCCGCUGAGUGUCGGCUGCUGUGUGUCACUCUCAGUGGGUGGUUGUGUGCAUGUGUCUGUGAGUGUGUGUCUGUGAGUGUGUGUGUCUGUGAGUGUGUGUGUGGGCGCUUCAAGUCCAGUUGGAUCCUCCGGAGCUGAAGGAAACGUUCGUGUCUUUGUCUCGGAGGAAUCUGAUCGUGAAUCAGGUUUCUCCAGUCCUUCCUCCUGCACAUUGAAGGAGGCCGCCUGUGUGUAUGACUACAUGUGUGUAUGUGUUUGAGUGACAGGUUGAAUAUGUUUGUGUGAGUGCCUUUGCAUGUUUAUAAAACCUGGUCAGAGAGUGUUUGUCCCUCGAGACGGUCAGCAGAGAUGUCGGGGGCUCUAUCCCCUGCGCUGCGGCUCCUGCUACUGAGCUGCUGUGUGUGUGCGACGGCCGGCUACCCGUUCAAAACCCCCCUGGACCUGGAUGUUACUCCACGCAUCACUAUUUUAAAGAGCGGUCUCCAGGGAUGCAGGCACUUCCACUCCUCUGCCGUUAACUACAGCACCGUGCUGCUGGAGGCUGACAGUGAGCGUCUCUACGUCGGCGCCCGGGGGGUUGUAUUCUGUCUCAAUGCCUCUGACAUCUCAGCCAGCUCUGCUCUCAGCAUCCAGUGGGAGGCCUCCCCCGAGCAAAAACGCCAGUGUCUUCUCAAGGGAAAAGACAAUAAGACCGAGUGUUACAAUCACAUCCGCUUCCUCCAGAGGUUCAACUCGACUCACCUCUACAUGUGUGGGACUCACGCCUUCAGACCACUCUGUGCAUAUAUAGAUGAGAAGAGGUUUGUGAUGUCGUCUCAGCCUGAGGAGGGAAGAGACAAAUGUCCGUAUGACCCAACAACAGGCUACACCGCCCUCAUCAUAGACCAGCAGAUGUACACAGCUUCCCAGUACGAGUUCAGGAGCUCUCCAGAUAUUCGCCGCAACUCUCCGCCUCCCACACUGAAGACAGAGGACGCUCCCACACGCUGGCUGAACGAGGCAGAUUUUGUCGGAUCUGCAUUCGUGAAGGAGAGUUUGAUCAGCAGCACCGGUGAUGAUGACAAGAUCUACUUCUUCUUCACCGAGAGGGGCCAGGAGCAGACGACCACCUACAGCCACAGCCGGGUGGCACGAGUGGCUCGGGUUUGUAAGGGGGACCGGGGAGGACAUCUAACUCUCCAGAAGCGAUGGACAUCCUUCCUCAAGGCCAGGCUGGUGUGUUCUCUGCCCGAGUACGACUUCCACUUUAACAUGCUGCGCAGCGUGUUCGUCAUGCCUGGACAAACGCCUCAGGACACGCUCUUCUACGGCAUCUUUGGCCUGGAGUGGAAAAACGUGAAGGCGUCUGCGGUGUGUCGGUUCUCUCUGUCUGAAGUCCAAGAGGCCUUCGAAGGACCCUACAUGGAGAACCAGGACUCUGGCUCCAAGUGGAGGGAGUACACUGGAAAGAUCCCUGACCCACGACCUGGAACGUGUAUAACCGACGCUCUGAGGGCCAGGGGCAUUAACGUCUCCACCUCGUUGCCCGAUGAUGUGUUGGACUUUGUCAGGAGGCAUCCUCUGAUGUCGCAGCAGGUCCAGCCUUCAGAUAGACGUCCCCUCCUGUUCAGGAGGACGACACACUACACGUACAUGGCUGUGCAUGAGAUCCAAGGCUUGGAUGGAGAAACAAAUAAUGUGCUUUACAUGGGAACAGAUGAAGGAUGGUUACACAAAGCUGUAGAAAUCGAGGGUCAACUCCACAUUAUCGAGGAGCUUCAACUGUUCGAGGAGCCGCAGCCUGUUAAUGCUUUACUGAUAUCUGCAAAACAGAUGAGUGUGUACGUGGGCUCUCCAUCGGGUGUGGUGCAGCUCCCGCUCUCCAACUGCCACAGAUACACGUCCUGCUACGACUGCAUCUUUGCCAGGGACCCUCACUGUGCCUGGAACGGAGCCCAGUGUGUGGACGUAAUGGCACACACAGACAGAUCCACUUUAAUCCAGGACAUUCAGCGUGGCAGCAGGGGAUGUGAGAACAUACAAGAUGAUGUUGUCGAGCGGAGCCGCUCUGUGCGGGUGGGCGAUGACGUGCUGCUGCAGUGUGAGCUCAGCUCCAACCUGGCGACGCCGCUCUGGACUCUGGACGACGGUGAGCUGCAGGGUUACGGCCUCAACUCGGGUUUCAGAACCGGCACAGACGGCCUGCUGAUCAUCGAGGCCCGGCAGGACCAGAGCGGGCUGUACACCUGCUACGCUGUUGAGAACAAUGUCAAGGUGGCCGUAGUUGCCUACAACGUCAGCAUCCAAAUUAACCUGCCCCCGCCGCCGCCUCUGGAGCCAACUGAAGACCCUUACAGUCUCUUUGCGACCAUGCCAUCACCCACUGAUUCUCCAAACUCAGAGAGGCCCUUGCCACCACCCCCAGCCCCUCUCCUCCCCCACUCAAAGCUGCUCUCCCCCAGGAACAUGGAAGCCAUGUACCUGUCCCUCAUCACCAUCCUCGGCGGCCUGUGCAUGGUCCUCACCGUGGUCCUCGUCUACGUGGGCUUCUGCCUGCGAGUGGGCAACAGAGGGAAGUACUCAUUACGUGCUGCUGCUGCUGCUGCUUACCCGAAGAGUAAGAGGCACAUCAGGAACAGAAAACAGAUGAGAAGCUCCUCCCACAUGGAGCUGAAGACCAUCUCAAGCCACUGCAACGGCAAUGGCGUUUGUAAUGGCGUUUCAAAGCAACAUAAUGGCAGCGUCCAGGACGGAGGCUUUCUCCAGAUUGUCCCCGGCGAGGCUCACCCGUCACCAAAUAAGGAGCCUCCUCCCCCCGCCCCUCCUCUCCCUCCCACGCCGCAACUUCCCUCUCCAGAGUGCGACUUCCCCAAUGGACUGUCGGCCACGCUGCCCAGCGUGCUGAGGAGAAUGAAUGGGAACAGCUACGUGCUACUGAGGCAGAGCGACUCUGAGAACACGUCGCCGCUCUGCUACCCAUUCGCUGAGGAGCUCAAUAAGAUCUUGGAGAAGAGGAAACACACUCAGCUGCUGCCCAGGCCGGACGAGAGCUCUGUGUAGUGAUGUGUCUCCCCCUGUGGUGGGAGGACUUCUGCGUUUUUACCUGGUGCUGAAGUGCCUGACUCAUUAUUGUUGUGGACUAAACCAAUAAGAGUCUUAUCUUUUUUUUUUUUUUUUUACAAGUCCACAUUCAGACAUUCCCACUUUUUGAACAACUGGGCUGUUUUCAAACUUAAUUCUCAAAUUCUCCAACCCAGGUUCCUGAUGAAGGACGGAGCAUGAAGUGAAAAGAAAGUGUGAUCUACCUCACCUCAAUACUGCCCACAAAGACACCUGCGGUCAUCCUGUAGUCUGACCCUGGUCACAAAGCUGAUGCCUCAGUAGGAAUAUAAAUACAUGUGAAGAUGGGGGCUGUCAGAUUUGGCUCAAUUCACACUGGAGGGCAGCUAGCCAAAGUUUGUUUGCACUGACAAGUGCACAGAUGGCCUAUGCAUUUUUUAAAACAGGACAUUCAAACGUUUUAAAUAAUGGAGUAGAUGUGGUGAAAGAGGGAAUUUAGUUAUAACUUUUUAACUGACUUUAAAAUAAUAUACAUUAACACUUAACACUGAAAAUGAGACAUCACUGAUUAAUGGUGAACUAAUCAAUAUUUAAUAUUACUAUUAACCAAAGUUUGGAGUAAUUAACCAAAUUUAAUAUUUAUUAACUUAUUCAAACAUUCACUGAUUUGUGGUAUUAAAACAAUUUGCAAUUUGUGCUUAAUAACAUAACUUGCAUGUCAACUUUUAGUCAUUAUCAACUUUUUAAGAGCUCUAAUUCAAGUCACAGUUGAGGUUCACCCAAUCCAUCAUAAAUGGUUGAAAUAAUUGUUAAAAUGUUGAAUGUUACAACCUUCUACUGGUCUUUGUUAUUGUACAGCAUAUAAACAUAAUUUACAGAACAUUCAUAAAUUUGAAUAUCAUGGAAAUAUUAAAUUGUGAUUAUUUCACCAAGUGUUAAUCAAAAUCCUGAUGAAAAUAUGACAGUAUUAUUGAUUUCAAUGCACUUUAACGACCAGUUUUAAGGCGUUUUGGAAAAGUUAUUGGACGCUAUUAAGGAAUUCGACAUCGCAACCUGCAGAGCUUUUUGUGAUUGGGGGCAUUUAUCAGUGUGAGGAGCUGCAGCAGCAGCGGAGGCCACAGCUGCGUCUCCGGGACACAAGUGGAUUAGGAGAAACACAUUGACUAUGUCUCAGCUAAUCUGGAUCCUCUGCUGAGUGACCCCCUGGACGAGAACAUAACACACUGACUGUGGAGAACAGGAACCAGCAUCCAAGAUCUGAUGAGCACAGGUCAGUUUGAAUCUUUGCUAAUUUCAAUCCCGGGGACAGCAUCUCCUAACCAGCAUCAGAUGCCUGACUGGCUGUUCUCUUAAUGAGAAGUGAGAUUAAUUACACAGCAGCAGCAGAAGAGACAGAAAAGGCUGGAAAAAGGGGAACGACAGCAAGAGAGUCUCUGCAGCUCUAUCGAAGCUCAGCUUCCCCACAACUGGAAUGAUAAUUGGCGGCUGGCGCAUCUCAGCAAGCAGCGUUUGCUCUUCUUUGUGUGCCGACAGCGUCCCUGCAACGUUAUAUGAACAAACCCAACGUAUAAUAAUGACCCUUCCUCACAACUGCUGCAUGAAUUUUCUUUCUAGUCUGGUGUUUGUGCGUGAGUCGAGGAAACAAAAAAUCCUCCUUCCUUAUGUUAAAAACAAGUGCCAAGGUUUAUCUUUCAAAAGUGCUUUGUGAGCCUAUUUUAUUGCAAAACCAGAAGAGAGGGUUGGCGUAUUUAUUUGUAAUUUAAUUUUGUACGAGUGUUUUUGAAGUUAUGGUCGAUGUUGUUUAAACGCCACCCAUCUGUUAAAUACGAGGGUCACAAUAGAAGAAGUACAGUAGCCCAAAGCAUGCAGAGGCUGUACCAGCAGCACAGAAUUUAGUAUUUAUAACCUGUUAAUUUACCUUUUCACGAUGACCUAUUAAAGGUAGGGUUGGUCAUUUGCUUCUAAAACAUUUUUUUCCCCUAUUUGUUGAAAUCUUCCUCCUGUACCGAUCAACAAAUAAAGUUGUGUGGAAAAACAAAAGAAGAAAAACACUGGUGUGUGUGUGUGUGGCCGUCACAUCAGGACUGUAAUCGACAUGAACGAAUGAAUUGACUGGUCGAAAGUUAGCGAGGGAGUCGUCUUCUAGCAGUUGUCAAACAGUGCACGUUUAUGUGUUUUGUGGGCGUGGGAAGAGUCAUAUCGGUUGCAUAUUUUAAAAGUGUUUCAGGAUUACCAACCCUAGCUUUAAUCAGGUAUCCUCCAGCUUUCCUGCCUCUGUAAUGUCACCAUAUUAGUUUGAUCUGCUUGCAUGUUACACCACACUUAUGCUUACUUAUAUGCACACAGCAAAUCAUAUUCUCUCACUUAACUAACAUAAAGAGCUACAUGGCACUGGGUUCCUUCAGUCACGAGUUUAAAAUUAAACUUUGUACUUCCACCUC